AUGGGCCGUAUAUCGAUCAACCGUGACGUCGAGUCCAACCGAGAGACCACAAAGACCUCCUGCUGGCGCGACUGGGGUCCUUCGGUGCUGCCGCUUGACUUGCUGUCACUGCUAUUUCGCAAAGAUCUGUCGCCUUUCUUUGCCUUUUCAAGCGGCUCAGGGCACUUUGCCAAACCGCAGGGCUUCAAGAUUGUCGCGCUGGUGCCCGUUACAAACCAUGAGCGCACUGAGAUCCUGGACUGUUAUUUGCAGAAAAACCUGGUCGGCAACCAUGGUUUCCUCGACGAAGUGGUCUUCAUUCCCCAAACCAACAACACGGACAGCCUGGACUGGGUUGCCGACAUCGUGGAGAAAACUUCCGCGUAUUCAAUGUCUGCUGCGGGAAAUGAGGAGGACUGGGAGGUUGCAAAGAACAACGUGAUGUACAUCCGCAUUGACGGCGAUGUUGUCUUCCUCGAGGAUCAGGCUAUUCCCACAAUUGUCAAGACCAAGCUCGACAAUCCUGAUUCGUUAAUGGUGUCCGCGAACGUGGUUAACGAAGCCGCCGUGGCUUCGCUCCACAGCCACCCGGGCAUUGCUCUUCCCUAUCUCCCCGAACUGUACCACGUCGAACAACCAUCAAGGUCAAAGUCACAGCUGGAACACGACUGGCGCGCCUCAAGCCUUCCCCGUUGGGAAGGGCCGCCAAGCUUCAAAAUUGAGAAGGGCUUCUCGCCGCCAUUCCUUGGCCAUCGGUGGCUGAUACCCUCAGAUCCAAGUUCUAAUAGAGACCCAAUCGCCGCAUCUGUCUACACCGACACUGGACCAACGCUACAAGACUGGACAGUUGGUGCUCAACAGCACUACUCUUUCCUGCACCAUCUCGAGGCGGGGAAUCUCAAUCGCUACAAAUUCCCGAUCUGGGUGGAACCGACAGAACCGAUCAGCCAGAAUUUUGGCUGCUUUUGGGGAAAUGAUGCGGAGGAACUCCGUGAUAUCUUUCGCCGCAGCGACUCGGGUCAAGAUGAGCUUUUGCAAAAGUGGGUUCGACCUGAUGGCAGUCGUCCGCGCGUCGCUAUUGACGGGAAAGGUCUUGUGUCACACUAUUCUUCUCAUCAAGGCGCUGCCGGCCUUGACUCUACGGAUCUUGUAGAGCGGUACCGAGCAUAUGCGCAGGAGAAUGUGUGUUUGCAGAUGGCAUAA